GGAUUUUUGGGUUGCGCAUGAAUUGGCGAACUGCGGGUUAUACAUAUAGGCUGUUUUAUAACAGCUCGCAGAGGAUAACCAAUCAGAGAACCAGUAGGUAUUAUCUAUUGUUUGUAGAUCCAUCGACGGUUCCUUGUGAGGAUGUUAACGGCCGAGAUCUUCAAAGCCUCCUAGCGUGUCAUAAGAUUCAGACAGUAGUUGAUGAUAUAUAAGUUCCACAAGUCUUCGCUUGAAAAAUUGCAAUUCUUCACUAACAAAACAGACAACUCUCGUUUUAUUACUCACAAUCGCUUCAUCAACAUCUAAUCAACAUCAAACCUAAUCAGAUCAAAUCAAACAAAAUGCUCCGAAGCAACAGCACCUCGUUUUGGUUUGGCCUUUGCCUACUGGCCAGCACCGCUGCAGCAGGAGGUGCCGUGCUGAAGCGAGAUGACUUGCCGACACCUGUGACGGGGUCUGAAUCAACCGGAGCUCAUUGCGACGCCCCUACCCAAACAACGGGAUACCCAGACUUAAACUCUCUCUGCCAUUCCCCUCCUUACAUCCCUGACCCCCAGAGUCAAGUUAGGUGCAACACCAAGUGCAUCCCCGCCGUCGCCUCUCAGACCUUGAUCCGACCGGAGAACGACAGUAUGAAGUCCUGCUACUAUGCCUGCACCGGAUCUUUCGAGAAGGCUAAACGUGGCGAGCUGAGCGAGAGGCAGGACAGUGACUACUGGUUCUGCCACGGUAUAAACUUCAUCCAGGGAGAACUUUGCGAGUUUAUUGGAUCGCUCGGCUCUACUGAGUCCACCGAAGGCGGACCAGACUGCUUGUACAUGAACAGCCUCGACUCUUAAUUGAAUAUCCACGACACAGUGUCGUGUUGCUUCAUAGCCUGGCAGAGAAAGCAACUAUCUUUCAAGAUCGGGUAUAUUGUGGUUUGGUUUGGCAUCGCUCUAUUUACAUACCGGUGUAAGGGGUUUAGAAUAGAUUUGGUUACCUACCGUAUCUAAGAAUGAUAUUAACUUACAC